CGUACCAAGUGCUCGGUGUAAACUAGAGCAAUGGCUCCGCUCCGAGUAGACCACAGAACAGACAAAACGAACAAGGCUUAUGUAUCGCAAAGAUUUAGAAAAUGAUUAACUUUAUAUGGAUUACGUUUUUUGCGAUCUAAAAAAUAUUGUAUAAGUUAAAAAUGCACGAUAUAUUCAACGAACAAACAACGAUGAUUGUCGUGUGUUCAUAGCUCCUGACCUUUUUGGAUUAAUCGAAUAGUAUAACUUAACCUAACCUUAUUUUAUUUUCAUGCUGCUCUGCAGAAAAAAAUCGUUUCAAAAUGAUGCAGCAAUAUAUGAAGGAAUUAGAGCAGGAUCCAUUUGACCCUGAAGAAUUUGUCGAGAGAUUAGCUUGGAGAACUGUUAAUGAUAACACAAAAGAUAGAGGAAAUACCUUUUUUGACCCGGUUAUUGUCCAUGAAACCUUUUUGCAAGCAAUUAAGGAUUUACAAAUACUGCAAGAACGCCAGCAAAAGAAAUGCGACAAAUUAGAAGCUGCACUGAAAGAAGAGGAGGCUAGACACACAUUUGAAAUAUUAGAAUUACAAGAGAGAAAUAGACAUUCUAUCGAUUUGUUUCAUCAGUUAGACGAGAGGAUAAAUCUUGUGGCUACUAAGGUCUUGCAUUUGGGAGAUCAGUUGGAAAGUGUCAAUACGCCAAGGGCAAGAGCAGUUGAAGCUCAAAAACUAAUGAGACACUUCUCAGAAUUUUUAAGUCCUGGUCCAUUGACGGAUCCAAUUUUUACAGAUAAGACUUCGUUGAAUGAUGCUGCAGAUGUAAUACAGAAACUCCAUCUCAUAGCGCAGGAACUUCCCUCUGAAAAAUUUGAACAUGCCAAGAAAAAGAUUGACGUCAAGUACGACGAGAUAGAGCGGAAUCUGAUUGAGGAAUUUGUGAGGGCGCAUAACAGAGAGGAUGCGUCAUGUAUGAGGGAAUUGGCAAGCACUCUUGCACAUUUCAAGGGUUACUCACAAUGCAUCGACGCAUUUAUAGAGCAGAGUCAGAUGGGCUCUUUCGGCGGAAAGGACGUCUUUCAGGACGUUAUACCAAUGUGUACAAAAUAUCACAAACUUAUGCACCAGGUGUUCUCCAAUCCCGAGCAAGUAAUGGCUAAAUUUGUCUUGAACAUAUACCAUUUGCGCCUGCAGAAGUACGCGGUGGCUAAAUUAGCGGACAAAAGUGAUUCCGAGAAGUAUCUCAGAAACCUGUACGAUUUGUACACUAGAACAGUCAAGCUAUCCAAUGAUCUGAAGGUCUUCAAUAUGGGCGCUGACGAAACUUAUCUCGCUAAACUUACUAGAAACAUCUUUCAGAAAUAUUUGGAUACUUAUAUUAGUAUUGAAGUAAAGGCAUUUCGGGAAAAGUCAGCAACAUUGCUCAUAGAAUACUAUGAAUCCAAAAAUCAUCAGAAGAAACAGUUACAAAUGGGUGGUUUUCAAGAGCUACGUAGAGACUUACAGGCUGUAUUGGGUGCAAGAACGAAUAUAAACAUUGCUCAAAUAGAAGAUUACGGAGGUGAAACGUUUCUGUCGGAAGAACUGGCGAUCGCGAUAUUACAAAGAAGCAAACUCGCGUUUCAAAGAUGUCAAUUACUUUCACAGCCUGUUGACGUACCGGGAAAUGCAUUACAGAUUUUCGAGAUAUUAUUGCAAUAUUUAAUAAGCGAGCAUGUAGACUACGCGUUGGAGUUGGGUUUACAAAGUGUACCGAUACCGGAGAGCAGGACUCAACCGGAGAUUCAUUUCUUUAACGUUAUGCACCAGUGUAAUGCGAUCGUUCGACUGUUGGAGGAACAAUUUAACGAUAGUGUGCUACCUCUUGUCACUUCAACACCCAAACAUGCCGAUUGCUUGUUAAAGAAAAAAGUGGUGUUGGAGCAAAUAGACGUCAAGUUGGAUACCGGCUUAGACAGAAGCAUAAACGCUAUUGUAGGCUGGGUAAAAGUGUAUUUACAAAACGAACAGAAAAAGACUGAUUUCAAACCAGAAACCGAUGUGGAUACCGUGAACACACCAGCCUGCCUAGUAGUUGUGCAAUACGUGAGCGGGAUGAUACGACUGAUACGAAAUACUUUGGACGGCAGACAUUUAGAUACCGCUCUCAAAGAAUUGGGAAUCAGAUUCCACAAAAUCGUUUACGAUCAUCUGCAGCAAUUUCAGUUCAAUUCCGCCGGUGCUAUGUGUGCGAUAUGCGACAUGAAUGAAUAUCGAAAAUGCAUUAAAGAGCUCGAGGUGGAUUUUGUUACGAAUUUCUUUGAUACUUUGCAUGCUUUGUGCAACUUGCUGUUGGUUAAGCCUGAAAAUUUAAAACAAGUCUGCACGGGAGAUCAAUUGAUGUCGCUCGACCGCAACGUUUUACUCAAUUUCAUUCAAUUAAGGACUGAUUAUAAAACACAAAAGUUAGCCAAUUGUUUAAAAGGUAUAACAACGUAACAGUUCGCUUAUAUAAAUAUAAAUAAAAGUAUUUCAUGCUCAGCUUAUCUCUCGAUGAUUAAUAAUUGUGAAUCGUUGUCAAAUAUAUGAAAAUAAUCAUUAAAAUAA